UGUAACUAGUCAUACACGGCGUCUUUGCUCACCCAGAGUCCGUAUCUCUGCCCUAGUGAGGAGGGUGGAACCACCAGUACCGUCCAGUGAAAUGGUUGUUAAUACUUGACCAAGGUUAAUUUAGUGCAACUAGUGAACGUAGCCAGUAGUGCUUUCUAGUGGAAAGUAUAAACUGCUGUCUAGUGCUGUACACCAAAGACGCUAUUAAGUAGCAUUAUUUAUAGUAGACAUCAAGUUGUGUUUUGGUUGAAGCUUUAAUUACUCUAGUAAGUGUAUAGACAUGGUGGUGUCGGCAGAAGAGUAUCGUCACAAAAUCUUCGGUGUCAUACCCUCUCCAGACCACGGCACCAUAUUCUGCGAGACAGACAUGGCAGCAGCAACAGCGUCUCCGGAGCCUAAGGGCACGUUGACCCCCCCAGGCUCGUCCCCCCUGAGGGCGGAGUGUGACCCCAACAGAGGAUCCACCCACGGCUCCACCCCCCCAUCACCAGAGGCUCCCCCCACCCCAGACUCCGCCCACAUGGCUGCUGAACCCACCAAUCAUAACGCAGCGCGUCUUCACUCCACCAUUGAGAGGCCAGACACACACUUGGUCAGCCCAGACUCACACUUACUGACCAAUCAGGAACCACUUUUGGGUGCCAAGAAGCGCAAAGCAACGAAGGUCCACAAAAUAGAGACGGAAUGUGGGAGCGAGGGUGAGAGCGAGGCGGGCGUGGCUGGUAGCUUCGCCUGUCCAGUAUGCCAAGAAGUGCACUCUUCCCAGCAUGAAUUUACUCAACACAUCCGCAAGCACAACCACGUCCUCGAGACUGAUAAUGGCACCAAAGUCUACUGCUGCGGAAUCUGCAAGAAACAAUUAAGCAGCAACAGCUCUCUGGAUAGACACAUGCUCGUUCAUUCAGGAGAGCGGCCGUUCCGUUGUCACAUAUGCGGCACACACUUCACCACCAAUGGUAACAUGCAUCGCCACAUCCGCGGCCACUACCGCAAUGGAGGCAGCGGCGGUGGAGGGCCAGGCUCAGACACUGGGGAGAGCGAUUUAGGAUCGGAAGAAAGCUCGUCGUCGCCCUGCAAGCGACGUCUAGACGACGAGGAUAACGUGGUGUCGUCCAAGACUGUGCGUCUUGGUGAAGCAGAGGAGGAAUUGGCGUGUCCAGCAUGUGGAGUGGAACAACCCAGCCAACACGUUCUCGAGCAACACGUGGAGAACAUCCAUCCCGAGUACCAGGUGGCCUGCACCACCUGCCAAGUGGGUUUUAAAAACUACCGUGCCCUGCAUCUACACAACUCUAUGGUCCACCCCACAGCUACAGUCUCUCCACCUCAGCUCGACCUCACACUCACAGACUUCUCCACUUCUAAAUUUCCACUCAUUGCCAAAGAAAUUUGUGAGGCGAGCAGUCGACAACAGCAGCACCCAGGCGAGGGUAUCGGUGUCCACAGAUGUCAGAUGUGUAACAUUACCUUUCCCUGUGCAGACUCAUGGCUGAUGCAUAUGCGAGAGCAUGCAGCAGCAUCCUCAGCUCCCCCGCCUCCCCUUAGGUGUCUACGGUGUGACCUGACAUUCUCAAACUUGGCAGAGUUGGCUCACCACCACCAACGCCAUUUGUGCGAGGAACCUCAACCUCGUAAGGAGAGCUUCUUGGCUGUGCUGGACCUACUCAACAAGCAGAAGCGUGACGUAACGUCUACGCCCGUUGGUGCAACAAUGGAAACUUCCUUCCUUGGGGGUUUGAGGCCCCCACUAGGAAUGCCACCCCCAGGUCAGCAUUCUCCUGCACCUGCGGACUCUGCUAAAGCAUCACCAGAGCAUCCAACAGCUGGUAGAAUUGCUGCUACAACUACCACUACCAGUAGUGUCUCUCCCCUGGUGUCUACUGCCCCUGUUCUCUCUCACGAUGAACAGUUUGCACGUGAAUAUCGUGAUAUGAAAUUAAAUGGCCAGUAUCCAUGCCGCUUGUGCAAAGAAAUCUUUGCAAAUUUACGUAAACUUAAGUCCCAUAAUUUGGUGCACAUGGUAGCGCCCCCUUAUCGUUGCAACCUUUGUUCUUUCUUUAGUAAUGACAAAAACACUUUGAAAGAGCAUAUGAAGAGUCACAAAGGCGAUACCCCAUAUGAAUGCAACUUAUGCAACUUAGCCUUCACCACAAAAGCCAAUUGUGAACGUCAUAUUAAAAAUAUUCAUGGGCGCCAGUCACGAGAUGAGGUAAAGAGCUGCAUGAACUUCAUUCCACAAGAGGAAGGGGCAAGCAGUGAUCAUUCCCUCGAUACUGUCUGUCAUAUUUGUCACAUUGACUGCAAGGCACGUUCUGUCCUGCGGGAUCACAUACGUUCCUCCCACCCGGAAGGAAUGACUAAACCUUACUCCUGCAAGUUAUGCGGAGGUGCCUUCUCAUCUGAAAAUGAUGUGAUGCGUCAUGUAAUCCAGCAACAUGCUGAGGCUGCUUCAGGACCCACACUUGAGCAGCUCGUAGUGAACCGUUCCUCACUGGAGGAUCGUCACGAGCAUCCUGACCUCACGCCUGUAGAGUCUCUCCUUAACUUUUCUAAGUUACCCAUGGCGAUGCCUCUAAGCACUCCUCAUCAGCCACCUCCAGUUUCUUUGCCCAUAGCAUUUCCACACAAGCCAUCUUUACCAUUGUCCAUGGUCCCACCCCGUCCUCUCACGCCUACCAUCACUCCUGUACCUCCUUUGCUCUCUGACACGGAGGAUGCUCCCCUAGAUCUUAGCAUGAAUUCUAAAAGGGAUAAGGAAAGGGAAGCAGAUGAAGAGGAGGAAGACGUAGACGUUGAGAUCAGCGAUAUAAAGACUGAACAAGUAGAACCUGAGGACUUGUCAAAGCCACGACUGAAGAAAGAGGAUGAAGCAACUGUUGAAAAGACUGUAGAGUCUUUACAAGAGCCAACUUCUGAUGUGCUCAAGAUUCCACGGCCGCCCUUUCCACUUAGUACAAUGUACCCACAACCUCUGUCCCUCUGUAGCCCUUUUACAUCCAGUCAAUAUCCUAUUCUUAUGGACCCUUAUGGUAUACGUCCAGUCCAUCAGUUUGAUUCUGCUCUACUAGAGGAAUAUCAGAAGGAGCUGAAGCGUGGGUUGCAGCUCACCUCAGGUGGAGCAUUGCUUAGUGGAGCUGGAGGGUUUUUACAUCACACUUCACCAUCAUUUCCUCUCUCUGCCCUAGCUCUGGCUGCUGCUCGUCGCAAUCCACUGCGCAUUCCACGCCCUGAAAUUCGUAGUGUUGAAAGUAAAGCCGAUGAUCCUCCUGUAGUAGACAGUUUGGCGACUUCUGUAUCUAAACCAAGUGAUGAAGAUGUAAUGCAUUUUACAAUGCGCAACUCAGUUUUAAUGAAGAAACCAAAGCAACGAAGGUACCGAACAGAAAGACCAUGGAGAUGUGAUCUAUGUGAUAAAGGGUUCACUCUACGAUCGAAUAUGGAGCGCCACAUGAAGCAGCAACAUCCAGACGUGUGGCAGCAGAGGCCGCGAGGCAUCAAUACCUCAAGAUCAGAGUCGGACACACCAGCAUCAGCAGCUGAUGCACCACAUACCAUAUCUGACUCAGUAAGAGAGCAGCUCAUCAACAAAAUUGAAAAAGAAUCUAAUGAUGAAAGAAUAGAAAUCAGACAAAGAGAAGAGGAUGAGAGUGAAUUAGUCAUUGAUGAUGUCCCAGAGGAAGAUGGGGAGGAUGAAGAGGAAGAUGAGGAUGAAGAGGAUGAAGACAUUGAUGGGAAUAGCACAGAUGAGAGAAGUCGUGAAGACUGUGGAGCAGAUCUGGCCAGUGUUCACAAGCUGCUGUCUACCGCAUCAAGUCAGAGCUUCCCUUUUUUUGGCAGCGAGGGUGAGGAGGAACCACCAGGUGAGGAGGACUCAACGUCUUCCACGCCGAUGUCAGAAGAUGGAAAACGCAGUGCCUACUCCUCUGCCCCACAAAAACAAAAAUGUCCAUUUUGUCAAAGAAAGUUCCCGUGGUCCAGUUCUCUUGUACGUCACAUCCGAACCCAUACAGGACAGAAGCCUUAUUUGUGUCCCGUCUGUCACUUUCCUUUCACCACAAAAUCAAACUGUGAUCGGCACUUAUUAAGAAAGCAUCCAGAUUCUCCCCACACAACGGGAGGUGACCGUCCAUACCGCUGUGUCAAGUGUCCUGGGGCAGCUUUCACCAAUCUCGAGAGCCUUCGCAAGCAUGAAAUGUUCAAACAUGAGAAAGCAAGUGAUACAGCAGUUUUGCGUGACGAUACCAGACCCUUCAGGUGCCAUGUUUGUGAGACUCCUCUAGCAACACGUGAAGCUGCUCUGCAUCACCUCGGUAAAGCUCACCCAGAGCAUGCGCAGAGCAUAAUCAACACAGAUCCAAUCACUACUGACAACAAUAAUGAGCCUCCUGUUCCUGACUCAACUACAACAGACAGAGUGAGUUGCAUGUUUUGUCUGCAGCGGUACUGGAGUCUCGCAGAACUGAAACAACACAUUACAACAGAUCAUGUUAGACCGUCCUCUCCAGUCACCUCUGAAGAUGAACACAAGGAUGGAUGUGUAACCUCUCCAAUAAUUAAGACAGAAAUCAAGGAGGAACGCAAGGAUGAAACUGAAGGAACAGAUUUCAUCUCCAAUCUGCUAGGAACAAAGCGAGCAGUGGUGGAUAGAUUGUUAACGUCCAAGUCUGCUGACGAUGCUGCAAAAUUAUUAGGCGUCCGAUAAACUAGCAGCUUAGUCCAGUGUGUGUGAAGUGAGCGUCCAUAACUGACAAAUUACAAACUGUUGGGUCUCCUCUCUUCAAGAUAACUUCUCCAUUCCGUAGCUGAGUGCAAUGUAUGUCAUAGCUUGUAGUUGUUCUUAAGGGUUACAUUCAAUAUUUUAUUUUCAAUGUUAAUGCAUUCACAGUUUGCCUUGAAAUUCAAUAAUUCGUGCCUUGACGACGUGCCCUAGACACUUCUGUAAUCUGUAAGUUAAUGUUUUGUAUAUAUGAUGUAUAUAACAACUCGGUGGUUAUAUUAUUUAGUUAAUAUAAUUUCAUUCCUUUCGUCUGUGAUGUCUCCCAUUUGAUUUGUUAUUUACUCGUUAUCAUUGUUAUUUGUUUGCUUGUACAGUACCUGCCAAAAUAUUAUCUUGUAGUGUUUUCUUUAGUUGCCAAUGUUUCAAACAUUUUGUUCAAAUACAAGGGGCCAAAAUCUUUUUUCUUGUGCCUAAGCUUUUCAUUUGCCAGUUUGCCAAUGUAUGGCAAUAAUUUAAAAUGUCGGGUCGGGUCAUAUGCCAAGAAUGACAGCAUAUCUACCAUAGAUCGAGACAAUCUAUAUGGAUCAGGGAUUGAGUAGUUUCUUAUCUUUAUUUAUACUUUAAGUCCUCAUCUCCAAAGUAUUAAGGCUAGAUGCCAAAGUUAUGGUUAGUGUAUGUAAAUAAUUAGACCUAAUAAUUUAUCUCAUAAUUUGUAAGGCUGCAUUCUCAUUCCAAAGUUUGUAUAUUUAUACUAAUUUUAAGGUUUAUUUCUCUAAAAGUGUUGUGUUCCUAUUAGUUUAUAUUUACCGACAUAUUCCAGACUAUACCUCAAUAUUUUUCAUUUCAUUUUAGUAAGUAAAGAAUACAGCAGGUACAACCUGUCAGAUUCUCUUAAACCAGUGUAGUUAAUAGUACUUAAAGUCUAGCACCUGUAAAUAUCUGACGCCAACAUGGGUCACUUAGACAAAGCCUGUUUCAGGAUUGGCGCAUCUACUCUAAGAUUAGCUGAUCUUGUUAGUGGGCGUCUUAAGGUCACACUCAUUUCAUUUUGCUACAUUCCAUUUUCUAUACUUACACCUAUUUAAAUAAUAUAUUCCAUGCAAUAAUUUUUUUUGCAUGCUCCCAAAGAAGUUUGCUGUGUGUAGAGAAGUGUUUGAAUUUUGAGUGAUGUGUUUUUUCUAUGCAAGGUAUUGUUCUGGGAUACUAUUUCAUGUUUAUAAAAAUUUAUUUAUAAACAAAUCAAAUGAUCUCUGGAUGUAUAAUUCUGAAACAUUGACCUAAUGGCAUUAUUUAAUAAGCCUCAUUAUAUACACAAAUAUCUAAAUCCUCCAAGGCAGUUAUAUACAUAAACAAUAUUUGAUACUCUUGUCCUGUCUUGUUCAAUCACCUUGUCUUUGUGUGUUAUUGUUUGUUACAGCACCACUUCUAAGAAAAAAUAAAAAAAUGCUUUGGAAUAAAUAGUUGUGAUUGAAA